CUCAACACCUUCUACUCGCUGCCAGGCUGCGCACCCCAAGAACACAGCUAGCUCGCAAGGCGUAAAAGAGCAACGGGAAACCGAAUUCCACUUGAAAUGCAGCAGUCAGACGAUGAUGGGCUGCUGCAUAGCCCAACCUAUCCGAGCCAUCGGGUGAGGACUACGAGCAACUCGUCCCACGCAAGCAUCAACUCCCAUUCGUCAGCCUCAGGCGCUAAUAAUCCCAAUGCAAAGGUGCAGGUGGUCACCCCAGGGUCGAGCUACGAGGGCUUGGCAUAUGCUCCAAGGCAACGCUUGCGUCCGCCGCCUCCGCCGCAGCAGGCAAGCUCCUCCCCAAUCCAUGGCAGCUCUGGCUUGAAGCAAGCACAUCGAGCAUUCCAGUCGCACUCUUCCUUGUUCCAAGCGCAGCAGCAAGAAGCAGUUAUUCGAAACCAUCAUGCACAUACAAGCUCCCUACCGCCGGAUCCAAUUCUGACCCGUCCGGGAAGCGCCAAUAUUUCAACUCUUGAUGCACAAUCGUCCCCACGAAGCCCAACGCUCGCCGCUGCGCCGGUCGUGAUAAGCGAUAAAUCUAACCUUGCACUGCUUCCGCACUCUGUGAGCAGUGGAAGUCUGUCCACAGGGGAUUCUGGGUCACUCAGUGCAAAGUCUCGGCUGCUGGUCCAGGAGAUGAAAGGGCGAGCCCAGCAACUCGGCCUCUUGCCGGACAGCAUUGGCUGGCAGAUGAUCGAGAAGCUGCAGAGCUUAGGCACCCACGACUCUGAGUGGGGAAGACUGCUUGAUCUGGCGGGAAAUGGACAGUGUACCCUCAUGCUGCCUCGGCAGAUGGCUCCGGCACGGACAUCGUCCAACGACGUUACGCUGGCUAUGAUUCACGACCACAUUCUCCUCCAUCCGCUUCCGUCUCGGCCAUCACCCACUUCUCUCAGCACUCAGAGCCAAGUGGCAACGCUCUCGGGCUUGCGAGCUGAUUAUGCAACCGAACCAAAUCUCGCUGUCGGUGAAGCUUGCGAAAGUAAGCUGACUUUCAAGAGCUUCAUCGCACGGCCGGAGAGCAGUUUAGUUUCCGAGUUAUGGCAUGAGCGUACACGAGCAGAAUUUCUUCGAAACCUCCCCCCGCUUUCAGCAGCAACAGAAGCGCAUGGCGAGAGCAGCGCGGCCGCACAACCGAGAGUCAAGCUUCUGUCUUUCGAAGAAGCCUUUUUCAUCCCUUCGAGUGUUCAGCGGCGACGAAGGCAGUCGGCGCAGAAGCCCAGGCCGAGCUCGACAUUUGCCAGUUUAUUCGUAGGAAGCGGCAGGGCUAAACAGACAGAUGGGGAUCGUGAUGGGGUGCGAGAUAAUGUCAACAUGUUGGCGAAGUCUUCCUCCACAACUCCUGACGAAACCUAUGAGGAAGAUGUUGUCGGCCCAGAGCGUACUAUCGCCAUUUGGGUGGUGGACAGGUAUAUUCAGCGAAGCCAAAUGUUGACACACAUUGGAAAGGCGAUGCAGACGCGGCUCAUCGAAAAGAUGAAUGCGGUCGGAAUCGACCCGAGCAUUGUCGAUGUCGCAUGCAGCUUUGCAGUUAUGUUCCUACCACCAAAGCAGGCGCCUCGGGGCUUGGGGUUCGACAGCGCGAUCUCCCCUGGCCUUCAGCGCUCGCCAACUAUGCCGUUCCUCGCAGCUUCUAGCGCACCUUACCUUGCCGGACCAGAUGAACUCGCAGAAAACUUCCAGAGUUUCUACAGCGGCAUCUACGCGCAACUGCAAAGCCAGAUCGACACCCAGCAAGAUGCAGGCGUCGAAAACGUAGAUGCCCAAGCUGCAGUCUCGCCCAACACUGAAGCCCGGAUCAAGAAAUGGAUUCAAGUUGUUGAGACGUGCGUGUGUGAAGAGGUGUACGACCGCAUUUUUACGCCAUUCUCCUCGCGUGACUGCUUCCUCGAUAUCGCCCUAUCUUCUCGUAUUGCAGCGCUCAACCUGCUUGGCCUAACACUCGCGCAUCUCGACCUGGUCCUCCCCGCGAAGGACAGCCCAAGCGGACGUCACAUCCACAAAGGGCUGGCACGGAUCACUCAAGAUUGCGGGGAGGUCUUGUACCAGCUGAACAGCCCUUCAAAUCAGUCACCUGCCAGCAAACUCGAUAUCUUGACAGCUGCGCACAAGACUAUCGUUGAUGGAAUCAGAUCCCUUCCUGCGAUCACGCUUAAAGACGAUGAUGGAAAGCCUGAAGAAUCACAGCCACCAAGUUCGUCCGAGCAACCCUCCACUGAAGGCGACGAAGCCACUCUCACUGUGAUAGAGGAUGAACAGCCGAAAAGCAGAUCGACGGAUAGUGGCGCGGCUAGCGCAGAUUUGAUCCUGCCGCUGCUCAUAUACUCGAUCGUCCGCUCGAACCCUCUCGGACUGGCAAGCCAUCUAUUGUUCAUUCAGCGCUAUCGAGCCGACUGCUUGCUGAGCGGUGAAUCUUCCUACUGCCUUGUCAAUAUGCAAGCUGCCGUCGCAUUCAUUGAAAAUGUUGAGCCAUCCGCACUCGGCUUCGAAGGUGUUACAUCAGACAUGCUGCCCUCGGGUGAUGUACCUGAGGCCGCGCUCCACAGUCGUCAGGACUCGGCUGGCGCAGUAGAGACGCUCGCUUCGCCUAGCAUGGAACACAUGUCGAUCUCGGACAGAGUACGGACACGUCUUGCUACUGACUUUGGCGAGAUCGCUGGCGUUUCGAACAAGACCAUUACCAGUGUGCUUGGAUCGAGUUUGUCGGCGUUUGGCCGCAUCAUGGGUGGCAACAAUCAAGGGCAGAGCCUGGCGACUAGCGAGAAAGAGAGCCAGGAAGGAGUAGCCGGGACAGCACCUAGCGCAGGCGGGGCUCGCGAUACCGCUGUCGGCGGGGACGCUGGGGAGGGGCCUAGAUUACGAACACGGAGUACGGCGAGGGAGGAGGAUGAGCGCAGUAUUCGCUCGGUCGGCGCAAUGCGAAUCAAGAGGCAAGGUAUAGAAUAUGAGGGCCAGGAAGAGCAGGUGAAGGAACAGUCGAUUGGGCAAAGUACAAGCGAGUCCUCCAAAGUCUCGCUCAGCGAACGGCUAGCCUCCAUUCCAAUGCUAGGUCGCCUUGGCAUGAGUGAACGCACGCAGUCUGGCAACAGUCCUCUGUCUGUCACUCGGGAGCUGCCAGGGCCGCCGCCCCCCCCUCAAAAAGCUCCAACAGCGCAAGACCGCAUCCCUGCUUCCUUACGAUCACCGUAUGCUCCCCUCGAACAGCCCCCUCGCUCUACUCGGCCCCUCCACAUCGUCGUGGCUGCUACAGGUAGCGUUGCAAGCAUUAAAAUCCCGCUUAUUGUGGAGCAAUUGCUGCAGUACGCCAAUGUGCGAGUGCAAUUGCUUGCUACCAAGUCUUCCUUACAUUUCUUCAAGCGUGAAGGAUUGGCCGCGCUCGGCGGGAUGCGGGAGGACUAUCAAGUGAAGGACCUUGCGGCAGAAAAUCAGGCAGCCGUCCGCGGCACUGGCGAGGCGUUGACCAACUUGCCUCGCGUCCAACUUUGGACUGAUGAGGACGAAUGGGACCAGUGGAGCAAAGUCGGAGAUCCUAUUCUGCACAUCGAGCUGCGGCGUUGGGCCGACAUUGUUCUCGUUGCUCCGUGCAGCGCAGAUACUCUUGCCAAGAUCAAUGGUGGAAUCUGUGACAACCUUCUGACAUCAUUCUUGCGAGCAUUGUCUCCCAUGACGCCCAUCCUGCUCUUCCCGGCUAUGAACACGCUCAUGUGGCUUCACCCUUUGACGGCUCGCCACAUCGCAUUUGUGAGGGAGUUUCUGGGAUAUGAGGUGAUUGGACCAAUCGAGAAGAAGCUUGCCUGCGGCGACAUGGGCCAAGGCGCGAUGUACGAGUGGACAGACAUUGUUGACCUUGUCGCCAAACGUUUUGGGCUUGUUCUCCAAGAAGGGCAGGUCAACGGGGCACCUGCAACAUCCGACUCGCAGCCGCAGACACCGUCGGCAGCCAUUGCAUUUGAAUCAACAUAGACAGUAUCAUCCAAAUUCCAUUAUAUCACUGCAUUAGUGUAUGGGUACCAUACAUAUAAUAUCCAAG